UCACAGCAAACUCUGUGAUCAUCUACAGAUAAAGCUAUAACGGUAUAUUUUUAACAUUACAGUAUCAAAUUACCGAGCUUUUUAAAGGGUACAUGAACUCAAUUUACUAUACCAAGUACACGUGCCAGGCAAUUCUUUUUAUUUAUUCUUCGAAAUUCCAUGCAUCAAAUUUUUUUUAAACAAAAGGUAUAGAGUACUCAUUUAAACAUCAUAUAAAUCAGCGGUCCAUAACUGAUUGUUGUGAACUGAUUCAGCUAUACUACAGUUGGUAAACGCUCUAUGAUGAACUGAAAAGAUGAGUGUACAAACUGUUCAUCGUUCAACAUACGUACUUGCCAAAACACUUCAAUGGGACGAAAAAGGCAGUGUCGUUCGCAUCCGCCUUCUAGUUAAUAUAAAACCCAAUGAUUGGAUCUGACAAGCCACUAUCGUCAGCAUUCGUGGAUUUCAUCUGUAUCUUCGACCAAGGAUCCGACAUCAUGCGCGCUUUCAUCGUUAUUGCCCUACUGAUAGGGGCAGUUUCAGCCUUUGACUUUCAGCUGCCCAAUGUAAACGUGAACGCGAAGGCCUCCGUUUCAUCGUCAGCAUCCGCUUCAGCGAGUGCCUCAACAGGUUUAGGCACAAGUGCUAGCGUCGAAGUCGCAACACCAGAAUUAAAAUUUGAAAAGUCAAUUUCACUUCAACCAUGCGCAGAUGUAGUUGCAGCACCAGGAGUCAAGAAAAGUUUCUCCAGCAGUUUCUCUGCCAAAUCCAGUGCAUCCGCUAGCGCCAGUGCAUCAUCCAAAUCUAGCUCAUCAUUCAACUUCAGAUCAAACCGACGACCAUGCGUAAGACGCCAAUUCAAACCAAGACCCUGCGUCACCAGGAGCAGCGUACAAAUCAGAAGUCCAUGUGUAACACGCGUCUCUGGCCCAUGCACCUACAGUCGCCCAUGCAUACGUGCUGGAUGUGUCCGUGCUCCAUGCGCCCGUAGAAGACGAACAUUCUUCCGCACUGCAAGGAAACCCGGAUCCGGGCCAAGACAAGCACCAACAUGCUUCAGACCAACUGCUGAUCUUUUGCAAGGUAAGGACUUAGGCGUCCAAAUGCUUACGGUACGAGGAAUGGAAUGGAAGUGUGAACCAGUCGAACAAAAGAUCUCAAACGAAGUUUCAGUCUUGCCAGAUCCCUGUCCUGAGCUCCCAGCGGCCCGCAUCAUCGAACGUGCAUGCGAUAAAGUAGUCGAGUAAAGAACUUGCCACAACGAAGGCAAAUUUCAUAGAGUAGAGAUCUUGGUGCCAACUAUCUGUGGUGACUAGACAAAAAAAAAAUAUAAAAAUAUUUGCAAGACACGUGUUUACUUUUUUCUGCUUCUCCAUUUAAUAUACCUCCAAAACAUAUAUAUAUGUUUUUUGUUAAAUGUUUCUUUCUAUGUUAACACUUUCUCUACACUUUUUCGCGCAUUUGUGACAAUAUUUUAUUUUUAUUAAAAUACAAAAAUGAAGUGCAAUCCAUUUAAUUGUCUCAUCUUUUUAUUAUUAUUGCUGCAAUUUCGAUAGCGGAUGAAGCUCAAGUGAUACUAGAUAAUUGCAAAUUUCGCAGUCAUAUGAAAAUUUUGGCAACCAGUAUUCGCGAAUAUUUAGCGUGUAACAGUAGCUUCCGUUGCGGCGUUGCCGCUUACUCGGCACUGGGCAAGACUUGUGCUCUGCUCAGGCAUGGUCAGGUAGCGGUGUCUCCAAAAUGUCGAGUCCCAAUUUUGAGAAAAUAUUAGCUGAUAUCGGGUGGGCUUUCUACAAAUGAUCCCAAUAUUGAUAUUUCAGUAUUUGGAUGUCGAUUCUUGGCUAGUCAGACCGCAUCCACCACCUAUCCUACCAUAACAUACCCUAAUGCAAUAUAAUUACACGAGACCAAUGCUCAAAUAUAUGAAUACGGAGGUCAAGUUACUACUUCAAGUUAAGCCUAACAUAGAGGAAAUAGCCCAGUUUCAAUGCCGUUGUGUCAGAUUCUAUCGUUUCAUAAACAAAUAUCCAUUACCCUCUUUGCGCUUGCUAUAGUAAAAUACGCCGCGUUUUAGUGAAGAAAUACAAACUUUAAAUAUUCAUCAGACGUUAGGAAACAUCGGCCGUUAUUCGACUCGUGAACAAUAGAGGCAAAAUCGCUUAUGUUGUCACUGUAUUUCUUUUUCGUUGUCGUGUUCAUGUUUUCCAAUAUUCAUUUUCCUGAAUUGGUGUGCUUAAAUUCCAUAAAGGACUUAGCAAAACCAUGCACAUGUCCAAGAAAUGCUGUUUGCGAAUUCAAACACCAUAAGAUAAGAUGUUUGUGGAUAAACUAAUACCGGUUCGAUAAUAAUUGUGAACCCAAAGUUUUCUAUCAGAGUGAUAUUUAAUAUUUAAGUAAAGCUCUAUGGAAUAUUACAAAAGGCCAAAAAUUCAAAAAAAAAUUUCUUUCUUUUAUAUCAGUCCUAACCUGUAUUGUACAUUAUAACUCCUAGACAUCUAUGGUGCCAUAUUGAAAAUAAUAGGCAGUAUCGAAACCUUCACCUACUAAUGGCUAUUAUAAAAUAAAAAUUAAAAACGUACUCACAGACAGCUUAUAAAAAUAUACUACUCUACAAACUAAAAUAGAAAAAAAUAAUGAAACUUUGUAUAAAAAGGUAAAGUAAACUUUUAGAAUAUAACAUGUCAAGCGGAUAUAUUAAAAAGCAAUUGAUGAAAAAAUAUUUAUCUACCUAACCUCAGCUUAAGUGAGGCCCAAGAGAACGUACCGUCAAUGUGAGUGCCAUUUGUGAUAGAUGCUCGGCCUAUCAAAUACUAUCAAAAUUUUGGUUGCUAAGGUACGAAUGUCAACACUGUUAAAAUAACUCAUAUCAGGUAUUCCAUUAAUUACAAAUAUUAAUUAUAGGGUGAUACAUGAAAAUGCAUACUUUUCGGAAUGAGUUUUGAGUACAAAGUAUUAUCUGGGCAAGGGGUCGCAGUUCGACUUAUCAUUAACCCAUAUUAUUAAUUUGUACAGUUAAUGAUAUUUCAUAAUCUCGAAUGCUGAAUUGAAUAUUUGGACAUAAAACAUAUGAACAUACAUCAGCAAUACUUUCAACUAAGUGGAAAAGAAGACUUUUCUCAUUUGCAAAUAUACAAACAUGCUAUUGCUGGUAAUAGCUAAUUAUCCAAGGAAACAAAUCACGAACAAGAACCUGCCUAAUUCAAAUAAAUGUACUGAGUGCUCAUCUACAAAUUAAUUAAAAUAAAUAACUACAU